CAGGCCACUCUGCUAAGAGGACAAACAGCGAUUAUGGAUCAGUUGAAGACCAUAAUGACGCUCCUGCAAGAUCCUGGAAGGCCGGCAGCAGAUUCACAGCCACAUCCACAGCCACAGCCACAACCGGAAGAGGAGGCUCGGACACCGGAAGAUGACUUCAUUCUCCCAAAUGAUUACCAACCGGAUGAUGAUGACAUGUUCUGUACACCUGAGAAGACGAAUAUCACCAGCAUCGGGGAUACUCAGGAUUCUGAGGUGCAGGUGUUAGAGACAGCUCCAGAAGUCAUGGAGAACCGGAGGAAGAGAAGGCGGCCUAGGUGGUUCGCUGAGUACACUGAAAUGAAGAAGAAGGCUAGGGCUACUUCGACACUCGUGAAUGCGGACCCACUUAGAGUGGUUGAUCGGAAGCUGCUCAAGACUUUUCACAAUUGGGUACUCGGCCAGAUUGGGAACAAUUACCCGAGAGAGUGCUUCACCGGUCGAUACCAUUCGUCUUGGUUCCUCGAACUGCAUACUCCGAAAUUUUGGCUUGGGAACGAUCAUUUGGAUGCGGCAUUCCAUUUGAUGAGGAGGCGGCAACACUUUUAUCCCGAGUCCUACCCGAAUAGAUGUGUCAUAAUGCCGUGUAUUUUCCCAGCAGGAGUUAUUGCUCGGUGGGAAGCUGCGGGUGAUGACCAGGCUAACUAUCAGUGGGACGAGGGCAUAUUAGAUUUGAUCCGAGGGGAUGAAAGUCAAUUCUUGGCCAGUUGGAAGAACAAGGAGAGAAUAUAUAUGGCCCUCUACUUCGUUGGAGCAAAGCAUUGGGUGGCAUUAGAGAUAGAUCUGGAUCAUUGGUUGUUGAACAUAUUUGACUCCAGCCUCGGAUCGAUUUCCACGAACGAAUUGAACCGUCACCUGGAAAUGUGGAAAAAAUUACUACCAAAUUUGCUGCUGCAGGCUGGCCUAUUCGAGAGUCAUGACAUGAUCCUCUUGCCUCAACUUACCGCCUCAGAGAGCCAGGUCAGAAAUUUCACUUCAAAAGUCAUGGAUCGGGCCGUUGUUCCACAGACAAAGACAAGGUAACUUUACUACAAUUGAUUUUUUUGUUAUU